AUGGGUUAUCAAUAUUUUUAUCCAAAUGAAAAUGUUGAUUUUGUGAAAUUGGUUAGUUUAUUUAAAUCACUUACUGUGAUUACAUUGGGUUUAUCAAUUGGAUACUUUUUUACAGCUACAUUAUUUCAAUGGUUAAAAUGGGAUAAAAUACAUAGUUAUUUCUAUGUACUUGUAUUAACUUAUAGUUGGGUUGCUUUAUGGAUGUAUUUAUUGGUUAUGGUAUUACAUCCGGGCAUUUUAACUUGUAAUCCGGAAUUGAAGAAAUUACCGUUAUGGUUCAAUUAUAUAUGUAAUUUAAUUGUACCAAUGGUAAUUAUGAUUGACGCCUUCCUAUGGAAACCGAAACCAGUUAAAUUUCUGAUUUCAAUUUUCAUAUGCGGUCUACUGUUGUUCGCUUACAAUAUCUUUGUAGAAGUUCAAAUCAAUAAAUUACAAUACAGUAUGUAUCCAGCUCUAGAUAAUAUGAGUAUUAGUUGUCGUCUUCUAGUUUAUUAUAUUGCCUGGAUAUGUGUAUUCAUUCUGACUUUUCUAUCAUAUCUAUUUAUUCGUUUGCUUAAUCGUGGUAACAAUAUACAAACUAUAGUAGAAUUGUAUAGAAGAAAUAAACCAAAAUUCUGA